UCGACUGUUCAAACCAUCGAGUCAGGAUGUUUCUCCUCAUGUGGGCGACUCUGCUCUUCUCUGUGAAAGGCACCACGACCGGGCAAAUGACAGGUGGCGAUGCAGAUAGAGGACUACAAAGCCAAAGUUAUGACCAGACCACCCUCAGUCAACCAGUAAUAAGAUCAGAGGCUGGACUCUGUGUUGCGAUACCGUGUUCUUUCACUACCAGUUCUGGCUUUAAACCUGACACCAUGGUUUGGUCCAAAUGUGAACAAUCCAGACAAAAUUGUCAUUAUUCAGACAUCAUAUUGCAAACCACCAACUACAACUGGGUUCAGUCUGGGUUGAAAGGACGAUUUUCACUGUUGGAGCCUGACGUGAAUCAGAAGAACUGCAGCAUCAUCAUCAAUGACGUCACUGAGUCAGACUCUGGAUCAUAUCAAAUCAGAGUUAGUGGUCUCAGUAACCAUUGGAAAAGGGAAUACAUAUACACUGCAACAGCAACUGUCUCUGUUAAAGGUCUGACCCAGAAGCCCACAGUGAUGGUUCCUCCUCUGACAGAGGGACAGCAGACCACACUGACCUGCACUGCUCCUGGUCUCUGCUCUGGAUCUGUUCCUACAAUCACCUGGACAUGGAGAGGAGCAGGAGAGGACGACUCUCACAUCUCAGGAAACAUCACAGCCUUCAAGACUGAGAAUCUGACUGCUGUCACUCAGAGACACAGCUCAACUUUGACCUUUAACUCUUCAGCUGAACACCACGGCAGCAAUAUCACCUGUAAGGUCGGCUUCACAAACGGCAUCACCACAGAGGAGACGGUGACUCUGAAUUUGACCUCAGAUCAACAGGCACCAGGUGCAGUGCUUCCCUGGGUCGUCGUCGUUGUCGCUGGUGUUUCUCUCAUUGUGAAUGUCAUCUGCAUCAUCAUCUUGAUGUUCCUUUGGAACACAAGAAAUAAGGUGAAACCAAAGCAAGAGGACAGAACGUACAUGUCACUGAAGAGAACCGACCCGUCACCAGAGUAUGAUGUCAUCGCUCAACCUCUGCACUAACAAGCUGUUCAACAUGUAGAAGGAUGCCACUUUUCUUUUCUUUGCAUUGUAUUUCAUUUAAAUGCAAAUUUUUCAUUAUCAUUAUUGAACUUUAUUGAUCCAGAGCAAUAUUUCCUGUUUACCUGCUUUGCAUUCUGCAUUUCUUCACCAGUCUGCACAUCUGACAAAAAGCAUUUUUAACUUAAACUGUUUUAAAUUUGAUUGUAAUAUGUUAUUGCAACUUUAUUAUUUUUGAAAAGUAGACUGCUGCUGUGGACAUACAGAUGCAUCUCAAUGAUUUAGAAUACCAUAGAAAAGUUUCUUUUUGUCAAUAAUUCAAUUCAAAAAGUGGAAAUCACGCAUUAUAUAGAUCCAUUACACACAGAAUGAAACAUUGCAUGUCUUAAUUUAUUUAAUUUCUUCUAAUUAUAAUUAUUAUGGCUUACAUUUAACGAAGACCUAAAAUUCAGUGUCAGUUUUUUUUAUAUAUUACAAAAGACCAAUUUAAAAAAAAGUAUAUUUAAUAUGGAAAUGUUGGCCUCUGAAAAGUAUGUCCAUCUAUGUGACUCAGUAGUUGGUUGGGGCUGUUUGACUUGAACUACUGGAAAUUAACUUUUCAUCAUAUUCUAAUUUAUUGAGAUGCACCUGUAGUCAUUAACGUAAUGUGCAGAAGCAAUAAAAUCACUUUUAAAACAAUAAAA